AUGGCUACCACCACCAAAUCUGGAAAGCCGUUGGAAGAAAUUGGACAAUUAAUUGCGAAGCGACCCCCAGAGGUUGUGGCAAAGAAUAAAUAUAAGACGGUCGAAGUUAUAGCAAAUUUUUUGGAAGUAAACAAGUUCCAAUAUCCUAAAGUAAAAUCUUACACUGUUGAUGUUGAUACAGACAGAAGAACAAAGGCUUCUAAAAAAGAUUCCAUUGCUGCUAUUAUUCAACUUGUAAAAAACCCAAGAUUUGGUCCAGCUGCGUAUGAUGGUCAACUUUUAUAUUCUGUGGUAGAUCUUACACAAGGUUCUAAUGUUAGAAAAGUUACUGUUGAACCACCAGACGGCGCAGGUCGUGCAAAAAGAUUUACAGCAAUCAUCAAAUUUUCUAAUGAUUAUACUCUUAAAGAAAUGUCCAAUUAUAUGAAAAAAAAUACAGAUCAAAUUUGGGAUGCUUCAAUUCAAAAUAUUUUUACAAUACUUAAUGCUUUUUUGAAUACUAAAGUACGUACAAAAUAUCAAACAGUAGGCAAAAAAGCCAUUUUUCCUCAACCCCCACGUUUACAGGACAGAAUAUAUUUGUAUGGAGGAGUUGAAUUGAUUCGCGGAUAUUAUCAAUCUUUUCGUCCUGGUUGGGAUAAAUUACUCAUUAAUGUGGAUGUUUGUGCAACCACAUAUUAUCCAGCGGGAAAUUUUAUUGAUAUUAUUCCUAGAAUUCUUUACACUUCACAUAAUAAAAUAUUAAAAACAAGAGAUCAAUUAAGAAGUGGACUUAGCCGUGAUGAAAUUAAUUCGAUAUCAAAGUUUCUACAAGAUAGAGAUUUUACUACUACUUUUGCAACAAGAAAUCAAAAAAAGAAAUUAAAACUUGUUGGAAUUACUCUAGAAUCUGCUGAUAGAAAAAAAUUUAGAUUAGAUGGUGGGGGACAAAUGACUGUUAGUCAAUAUUAUAAAGAUUUAGGAUCUCCUUUAGAAUUUCCAGGUCUUCCUUGUGCAAUUGUCAAAAGACCCAGAAAGGAUGAUGCUUAUUACCCCUUAGAAAUAUGUCAAAGAUAUUAUAUUGAUAGACUCUCGACAGAUCAAAAUCGAGAUAUGAUUGAAAAAACUGCCAUCAAACCUAAAGAUCGUUUUGCGAGAAUUGAGAAUGCCAUUGCUAACAUAUAUAAACAUCAAGAUGACGAAAAUUUACGGGCAAUUGGAAUGGGAAUUAGCAAUAAAUUCAUUAAAUUGAAAUCAUUUGUACUCCCAUCACCGAAAUUAUUGACUAGCGGAAACGAAGUAGUACCAGAGGCAGCUACUUGGGAAAGUAAUGAUCUUGUGAAUUGGUCAGUUGUAUCAUUUGAUGAUCCAAGAUUUCUUCCAGAGCAACAAAUUAUCAAUGCAUUAAAAUUAUUAAUCGAAGCUUUAACGCAAAAAGGAAUUAAUGUACCAACGCGACCUAAAAUUACUUUUGCAAAUCCACAAACGAAUAUUAAACAGGCACUCACAGUUGGUCUUAGAAAUGCACAAUUAGACAAAAAAAGAGAUAAAAUUCCUCCAUUCAUUAUAUGCAUUGUCAAUAAAAAAUCAGAUGCACAAUCUAGCAUUUACCCAAUUAUUAAAAGGAUUUGUGUCACUGAAUUAGGAGUAAUGUCUCAAUGUGUUAUUGGAACAAAUAUGAAAGGAAAUAUAAACAAAUGGAGACAAAUUUGUUCCAAUGUAGCACUUAAAAUUAAUGGAAAAUUAGGUGGAGUAAAUUCUUCAUUAGCUGAAGUAGAAAGAAAUUUCUUUGUUGAUGAGAAAAAAUCUCAAGAAAAGUUUAUGUUCUUUGGUGCAGAUGUAUUUCAUCCGGGAGCUGACGAUAAAAAGAAGGGACGUCCAAGUGUUGCAUCAGUAGUUGCCUCCAUAGAUCGUGAGGCAACUAGAUACGCUGCUCGUUACAGUAUGAAUCAAUUCUUGAAAAAUGAAACAAUCGAAGAAUUUAAUUUAAUGGUUAUAGGUUUAGUCAAAGAAUAUAAAGAAAAUAAUGAUGAUUUUCCGGAUCAAAUAAUCUUUUAUCGUGAUGGAAUAGCCGAAGGUCAAUUUGCGAAAAUUAUGGAUGAAGAAAUAUUACCAUUGGAAGAUGAAUUGAAAAAAUUAUAUUUCCCCAAAGAUCCACCAAAAUUCACUUUUGUAAUUGUCCAGAAACGUCAUCACGCUAGAUUUGUUCCUGUUAAUGAUAAUGAUGCAGAUCCUAAUGGAGGAAAUUGUUUACCGGGCACAGUAAUUGAUACCGGAAUAGUAGUUCCACAAUAUUUUACAUUCUUCUUGCAAAGUCAUGCAAGCCCUCUUGGAACGGCUCGUUCAACUUAUUAUCAUGUUAUACGUAAUGGGGGUGACUUUAGUAGAGAGGAAAUGUACAAAUUAACUUAUAAGCUAUGCUUUUUGUCUGCAAGAUGUAACCUUGCCAUUUCGCAUGUUACUCCCGUACAUUACGCUCAUCAUAUUGCAAAUCAAGCAAAACAUUUUGUUUCAUAUAAAGAAAUCGAAGAACAACCUCGUGCUGUUCCUGGACGUGGCUUUGGUCGCGGUGGUCGUGGUGGACGUGGUGGACGUGGUGGGCGAGGUAGAGGACGUGGUGGCGGCUUUUCUCCUCCACCUCCCCCACCAGAGAGGCCUACAAAGGUUCAAGAUGGUAAAUGUUUUACCGUAACUGAAAAUAUGAGAAAUCAGAUGUAUUUUGUUUGA